AUGUAUGGUGAGAAACUGAGCUCGUUGAUGAACUACUACGGCGCUGCUAACGAAGAGGAGAUUCUCACAGGCAUUUUGAAAACCAAGGAGAUGUAUCUUCAGAGAGAUAACCGGAGGUACGGUGACAUGAAGGAUAGGAUUACAUUGUCUGUGAAGGAUUUGCAGAGAGAGGCCAUGGGAUGGUUCGACAAGAGCUGUGGAGAUGAGCAAGAGAGGAAGAAGCCAGCGUCGGCUUGGUAG